UCAAACUCCAUGUCCCAGAUUGUUUGUUUCUCGCAGUUCGAUUUUUCACAGGAAUUAUGAGUCACUCCAUUGUUAUUAAAUGUGAAUAGUUUAUUUCAAACACUGUAACUUGUAAUACAAUUUUGUUUCAAAUACUUACGGUCUAGGUGUCUGUGUAACGUUGUGGGAAAUGGCAGAAGUUUAUACUAAUUAGAACAUUGUAUUUCCAAUAAACAUUUUAAGGAGUUCGCUAUCUUUUAAUGUGAAAUAGUACAAUACAGUUAUAAUGUGGUCCGUUUGGGUAUUGCUGUGGAAGCACAGCCUUAUGAGAAAACGGAGAUAUAUUAGAACAUUUUUCGACUACUUCUCUCCGUUAUUAUAUUUUGUGCUCAUACACCUAACUACUGGUCCAAGUUUACUCGGAAGACAUGAGAAUGUUCAUUAUACGGAGCCAUUCAGUCUGGAGAAGUAUGGACAGCACCGAGUAAGAGUGCUGUUCACGCCGGACACGGACCACACCAACAGACUCAUGGAUGAGGUUGGCGCUAAACUCAAACUUAAACGGCUGGAUCAUCUGCCGGGUAGCAAAGAGUAUGGCUUCUUCCCGUUCUCUAAUGCGUCGGCGCUAUCGAUACUGGAAUACUCGAAGGAUAUGAGCCAAGAGGACGCCAUAAUAAUAUUUGAGGAUAUGGAGUCAGAAAUGUGGCCGAAUAAACUGAACUACACCAUUCGGAUGAAGAACAAUUUCAGGACUAACCAGUACGAACCUGAGGACCCGUUUGAUAUGGGCCACCAUGAGUACUUUGGUAUACAGUACGAGGAGUUCAUGCGCCUGCAGUGGGCCAUAGACACCAGCUAUUUGCAUCUUCUGACCGGCGCCAAUAUAGACCAGAACAUGGAACUCCAAGAAUUUCCCUUUGCGGCCGCUCACUUCAACACCAACGUGGUGGCCGUGAGCCAGCUAUCGGCAUUCUUGUUGCCGUUCGCGCUCACGCUCACAUUCGUGUUCCUCACGGGAAGGCUUUUCGAGGAGAAAAACAGCGGGAUGCACGAGCUGGUGAAAAUGGUAGGCGUGUCCUGGGAAGAGCUAGGCGUCUCCCACGUCCUAGAUCUAGUACCCCAUCUCCUUCUCUACGCAGUGGGCGGCGCCUUAUUCUACAAGAUUGACGACCUCAUACCUGUUACGUGCGGGUUCUAUAUAGCACUUGCGAUGGCACUGCAUUUCUUGACUGUAGUGGCGCUGGCGUUUGUCACAGUUUACGUGUUUAACAUGACUCAAUACCUGGAACUGAUCACCAUGUCAGUUUACACCGCGUUCCUAGUCGCCAGCAUGCUGACCCAAAAGCUCAAGAGUCGCGCCUUGUCUCUCCUGUGCUGUUUACUACCACAUGACCCAUUCAUCCGGUUUUGGAGGGCACUCGGUUCUAGAGAAAUGUUCGGUGGUAGCAUAUCGAUCACAAACAUGUGGACGCGGAACGCAGCCGAACAGACCGCCGUCGCCGAACUGUAUCUGUUUAUGGUGCUGCAGAUAAUCCUGCUGUCUAUGAUCGCCUGGUAUCUCUCCAGAGUGCGGCCGGGGAAGUACGGGCAAGCGUUACCCUGGAACUUCCCAUUUUGUAAGGAUUAUUGGUACAUGCAGCCAAAAGUAGAGGCCGCGCCGGAAGAAACCCAGUUCGACCCAUGUGAGGCCGACCCGCGCUACUUCGAGAAGGCCCCGGCUGGCCUCCCAGUUGGCAUACAGGUCAACGAUGUCUACAAGUCGUUCGGCAAAGACCCGGCGUUGAGUGGCGUGGAUUUGACCGUGUAUCGCGGCGAGAUCACCGUGCUGCUCGGCCACAACGGCGCCGGCAAGACCACACUUAUCAACAUCAUCACCGGUCUGAUAUCCGCAUCGUCCGGCCGCGUACUAGUGGAAGGCAAGGACACAGUCAAGCAAGCAAAGGAAGUCCGCAAGCUGAUCGGCCUCUGCCCACAAGAGAACAUCUUCUUCCCACAUCUUACGGUGCUGGAACACGCCAUGUUCUUCGCUAUGCUCAAAGGCAAAUCGUACACCCAAGCCCACACCUCAGCCACGGACCUAUUCUCCAAACUCCAGCUAUCGAACAAGGCAAACGCAUUAACGUGCGCGUUGUCGGGUGGUAUGAAGCGGCGCGCGCAGCUGGCCUGCGCUGUGGCUGGUGGCGCUCAGGUGUUGGUACUGGACGAGCCCACUAGUGGGCUGGAUGUUGAGACUCGCCGUGAGCUGUGGGACUUAUUACUGAGUCUCCGCGGCGAACGAACGUUACUACUAACAACGCACUUCAUGGAGGAGGCGGACGCGCUGGGCGACCGCAUCGCCGCGCUGCACCACGGUCGAGUGCGCUGCCACGCCACAUCCAUGUUCCUCAAGCGAGCCAUCGGAACCGGCUACCGUCUCUCGUUCACAACAAUCGGCGCCCCCAAAGAAGCUGCCAUCACGUCAACCAUCACCACCGUCGUGCCUACCGCCACCAUCCGCGACCGUCGUCCGAACGGCGUGUCCUAUAAUCUUCCUGCUAAAGAUACGGCGCGUUUUCCGGAACUCUUUGCGUCGCUGGAAGACGCGCGAUCAAAACUGCAGAUAGAUACUAUAGGAGUCGGGAAAAGCACGCUUGACGAAGUGUUUUUAGAACUGUGCAGCGAUGAUAAACCAGCAUACACGGAGGAACCAGACAACACCACAACAGAGCCGGUUCACGGGACGGUGAAGGGCCCCAUGUUGUACGCUCGCCAGUUCGCAGUAUUACUGCUGAGACAGUGGCGCUACAUCACAUCUCAUCUGCUUUCUUUCUUGGGCAUCAUAGUAUUCGUGACAUUACUCCUCUGGGCGUUCACGUCCGUGGCAAACAACCACCCGUUCGGCAUGCAACAGACGGAAAAGCCGGACGCCGAUAUGCCAAUGAGUCUAGAGCUGUAUUCUGCGCGCGCACAACGCCGUGUGCUGGUUAACGUGGAUAAGGACACGCUCGACACGCUGCGGGUGGGCUUCAAGGGGGUGCAGUUCGAGGAAGUCCAAGAUGCCGUUGAUGCUAUAAUUCAGAUUGGCAAAGAAGACAUCGCGGAGUAUAACAAGUACCUUGUGGGAAUCGAGAUCAACGACACAAAUAUCAAGGCUCUGUACACGACCACAGUCCGCCACGCCGCUCCCGUCGCCCUCAACCUGCUUAGCAACGCGCUCAGCACUCGCCUCGUAGCCGGAGCCGACGCACACGCCAUUACUAUGCGUAACCAUCCGUUGCGGGGCGCCUUCGUGCCUUUCCAGGAUAAAAUCAAGUUUCCCAAGCAGAAUGAACAGAAAUUUAUAUGGACCUGCAACAUCGCUAUGGUGGUACUCUUCUACCUGUGUACGUUCUCGAAGCUGCCGUGCUCGGAGCGGGUGUCGGGCGCGCGCCACGCGCACGUGGUGGCGGGUGCGCCGCGCGCGCUGCACUGGGCCGCCACGCUCGCCGCGCAGCUGCUGCAGGCGCUGCUGGCGUGUGUGCUGCCCGUGUGCGUGCUGGCGGCGGCGGUGGACAAGGACGGCACGUUCGACCAGCCCGGCUUCGUGUGGGCGCUCUGCGUACUUCUAAUACUAGGCAUAUUAGCAUUCCUUGGUCUGGUGUACUUGGCCAGCACGCUACUCAGCUACACGGCCACUUCUACAGUCCUCGUCGUCAUCGCCUUCCUCUUCAGUCAAAUAACCCCCAACAUCCCUGAAUCCACAAGCUUCUGGUACAAACUCCUGUCCGUGCCGUACGCGCUGCUCGCGCCGCACACGCUCACGGCGGGCCUGGCGCAAGUAGCGACCGUCGCGCAAACCAACGCCUACUGCAACCUGAACAGGGACCGCUGCCCGGCGUUGGCCGGCCCUGACAACUUUGAAACUGCUAAAUGUUGCGGUAACUUCUGGUACAAACUCCUGUCCGUGCCGUACGCGCUGCUCGCGCCGCACACGCUCACGGCGGGCCUGGCGCAAGUAGCGACCGUCGCGCAAACCAACGCCUACUGCAACCUGAACAGGGACCGCUGCCCGGCGUUGGAUAGGCAUCAAAUAACCCCCAACAUCCCUGAAUCUACAAGCUUCUGGUACAAACUCCUGUCCGUGCCGUACGCGCUGCUCGCGCCGCACACGCUCACGGCGGGCCUGGCGCAAGUAGCGACCGUCGCGCAAACCAACGCCUACUGCAACCUGAACAGGGACCGCUGCCCGGCGUUGGAUAGGCAUCAAAUAACCCCCAACAUCCCUGAAUCUACAAGCUUCUGGUACAAACUCCUGUCCGUGCCGUACGCGCUGCUCGCGCCGCACACGCUCACGGCGGGCCUGGCGCAAGUAGCCAGCGUCGCGCAAACCAACGCCUACUGCUACCUGAACAGGGCCCGCUGCCCGGCGUUGGCCGGCCCUGACAACUUUGAAAGGGCCAAGUGUUGUGAUUCCCCUCCUGGUUCGGAGCCUUGGAGUUACUUCGCGAUGGAAGACGCCGCCGGCUGGCCGAUGCUCAUCCUCGCCUUACAAGCUGUCGCAUAUUUUGUCCUGACUUUGCUGUCGGACAGUGGCUUCCUGGAGCGCGUGUACGCUCGUGUGGUCGCGCGCGGCGCGCGGCCGCCGCGCCGCCUAGGGGACGCCAUGGCGCGCGCGGAGACCGCCUACGUCGAGAAAGCUAUACAGCUGCCUAAACAGCAGAUCACGGAUUCCAUCCUAUGCCACAACGUGCAGAAAUUGUACCCGGGAUGCUGCAAACGGAAACCUUUCUUUGCUGUCAAAGGCGUCAGUUUCUCCGUCAAAAAAGGUGAAUGUUUCGGCCUACUAGGGGUGAACGGCGCGGGCAAAACUACGACGUUCAAAAUGCUGACGGGGCUGACGAGCCCCACUGGGGGCGAAAUAUUCGCCAACGGGCACUAUGCCACCGACCGGAACGCGUACAUGCGUACGUUCAGCUACUGUCCGCAAUUCGCCGGUCUGGACGACUUCUUAACCGGCCGCCAGAACCUUUCUCUGCUGCUGACGCUACGUGGCCUGCAAGAGGAAGAUGUCUCCACCGUCUCCAACUCUUGGAUCGAGGAAGUCGAUUUAUCACGGCACGCAGACAAACGCGUAUCAUCAUACAGCGGCGGCUGCGCGCGACGUUUAGCAGCAGCCGCGGCACUAUGCCAGGCAGUUCGCACUGCUUUACUGGACGAACCCACCGCCGGAGUGGACCCGCUGGCUAGACGACGGAUGCACCAGGCCUUGCUCAGAGCCAGGAAACACCACGAGCUUAUUAUCGCUUCCCAUAGCCUGGACGAGAUGGAGGCGCUGUGCCACCGCAUCGCCAUCAUGUCGGGCGGCGAGCUGCGCGCGCUGGGCUCGGCGGCCGCGCUGAAGGCCGAGCACGCGCAGGGGUACUCCGUCGUGUUCAAGCUCACCCACGCGCAGGACGUGACGGACGGAGUCUCCAAGCUGGAUGAAUUCAAGGGCGAGCUGAACACACGCUUCUCGUGCGAACUGCAGGAUCAGCACCAGAGUAUGCUGAGCUACCACGUGAAGGACUCUCUCCGCUACAGCGAGCUGUUCUCCCAACUAGAGCACCUUCGAGAACAGUUCCCUUCCAUAGUGGAAGACUACACGGUGACGGAAACCACGCUCGAAGAAGUUUUCCUCGCCCUGGCUAAGGAGGCGCGCGCUGAGACCUACAAACGCCGUGUGAAUGGUUCUAUGCCCGAAGUAUGUGCCACUAUUUAUCCGUUAAGACCUAAACAGCAGAUCACGGAUUCCAUCCUAUGCCACAACGUGCAGAAAUUGUACCCGGGAUGCUGCAAACGGAAACCUUUCUUUGCUGUCAAAGGCGUCAGUUUCUCCGUCAAAAAAGGUGAAUGUUUCGGCCUACUAGGGGUGAACGGCGCGGGCAAAACUACGACGUUCAAAAUGCUGACGGGGCUGACGAGCCCCACUGGGGGCGAAAUAUUCGCCAACGGGCACUAUGCCACCGACCGGAACGCGUACAUGCGUACGUUCAGCUACUGUCCGCAAUUCGCCGGUCUGGACGACUUCUUAACCGGCCGCCAGAACCUUUCUCUGCUGCUGACGCUACGUGGCCUGCAAGAGGAAGAUGUCUCCACCGUCUCCAACUCUUGGAUCGAGGAAGUCGAUUUAUCACGGCACGCAGACAAACGCGUAUCAUCAUACAGCGGCGGCUGCGCGCGACGUUUAGCUGCAGCCGCGGCACUAUGCCAGGCAGUUCGCACUGCUUUACUGGACGAACCCACCGCCGGAGUGGACCCGCUGGCUAGGAGACGGAUGCACCAGGCGCUGCUCCGGGCCAGGAAACACCACGAGCUUAUUAUCGCUUCCCAUAGCCUGGACGAGAUGGAGGCGCUGUGCCACCGCAUCGCCAUCAUGUCGGGCGGCGAGCUGCGCGCGCUGGGCUCGGCGGCCGCGCUGAAGGCCGAGCACGCGCAGGGGUACUCCGUCGUGUUCAAGCUCACCCACGCGCAAGACGUGACGGACGGAGUCUCCAAGCUGGAUGAAUUCAAGGGCGAGCUGAACACACGCUUCUCGUGCGAACUGCAGGAUCAGCACCAGAGUAUGCUGAGCUACCACGUGAAGGACUCUCUCCGCUACAGCGAGCUGUUCUCCCAACUAGAGCACCUUCGAGAACAGUUCCCUUCCAUAGUGGAAGACUACACGGUGACGGAAACCACGCUCGAAGAAGUUUUCCUCGCCCUGGCUAAGGAGGCGCGCGCUGAGACCGUAUAGAUGGCACUACUAAUAUAUCCAACUGUGUAAGGUUAGACUUUUGCUAUUAUUGUUGUAAGGAGGAGCCUAGCUUUGCAGGUCCUUUAUAUGGACACAGUUUAACAAAAGUGGUGUCGAUUGUGCUCCGCUUUGCGGGAUCCUAGGUAUAAAGCUCCGAAAAGUUUUGGAAUCGAGAUAAGUAAGUACUAGAAGACGCAAUCAUUGUGCAAUGUGGGUUAAGUACCCAGCACUUGAAAAAACUGUCACUUCUUCAAUGUCAGAAACCUCCAAGUCCCAGGGGUUUUUAUUUUUCGUAAACUUUGUAUGAAAUCGGAAAACGCAAUAUCGCGUCCGUCGUUCUCAAGGGGUUAAGACUGGAUACCUCACUCAAGUAAACAUUCCGUCAGGCCUCCAUUUUGAGUGCGGGUCUGUUUUUAAGGUGGGCCUGGGACCGUGUGAUAUCCUGAUCAUUAAUCAUUAUCAUUUAUUUAUUGCACUUCAUUCAUUCUUAGGAUAUAUUAACAAAUUAGAACUUCCGUAUGAGGGUGUCCGCUAGCUGGUGCGUUUGCACGGAGCGGGUGAGUGGGUUAACGAGAAAUAGUUUGAGCAACGCUAACCGUCGCGGACGCGUGCGGCGAAUUUUAUAGUCUGUCGAUUCGUAGCUGGCCCCGAACUGCUAAUCCUUUGUCUAUUGUUAAGUAAAACCGCACGUGCUACUUACCUGCAAAAAAGGGUCUUAAUUAUUCUAAUUGGCACCUGAGCGCGGGCUAGUCCAACGCUCAUAAAACCAGUGUAGGUGCGCUCUCCGAUUACGGGCCUUUGUUACGCAUCUGGAUGACACAUUUUAGACUGGUCCGACUCGCCAGCACUCAGUAACCGCAGAGAAUUACACGACCCCUUUUUUACAGGUAGAGGCACGUGCGGUUUUACUUAACAAUAGACAAAGGAUUAGCGGCUCGGGGCCAGUUACAAAUCGACAGACUAUACCUACAACGGCAGUGCACGCACGUGCAUCCGCUCCGUGCACCUGCGCCAGCUAGCGGACGCCCUGAACCGUAUACUACAUAAUCUCUCUACAUACAGACAGAUCUAGAUAUUACUAUAGUCUGUUUUUUUAACUAUGAAGUACCAUAGGAAAUUGUAUGGAACGCUCAUUUUUUUCUUGCUACGUAAAUUACACCAUCAUACGACCAUGACGAUUUUUAGUAACAAUUUUAUUAUUAGUUCAAAAGUUUUAAACUCAGUAAAUUUAAAAAAGCAAAUAAUUUAUUAGAAAUGUCUCAGUGUGUAGUUGGCUUGGGUGUAUCGUAAGCAACUUGCAUAUGUAUAAUAUUAUACAGAAAAUAAAAUAAACUUACGUGACCUACGUAAUUUUUUAAACAAUAAAAAGUCUCACAGUCUAAAUGAAAAACAAUAUCCAAAAGAAAAAUUGAUGUUUUACUGAUAGGUGUAAACAGGUGCUUUCAGUAAUAAUAGAACUUGUAAUAAAGGUUGUCACUAGUCUAUGUAUUUUGUAAGAACUAAAUAACGAAAAUGUGGCCUUGUUACUUCCGACCGAUUUUUGAAAUGCCUAUUUUUUUCUACAAUUAGUAACCCUAACAUAACUUUUUUUUUCUAGCAAAAAGG